ACACAUAGUAGAUUACCGAUAUCUGAACGUAAAGUGUAUCUUGAACUGAUGAAGUAUACCUACAUGUACUACUGACGUACGACCUUAUGUGAUAAAUAAAGUGCAGACUAGCUGAUAGUGUUUAGAUAGAAGAGAUUAAGUAUCAACAAACAAGAGAAUUGUAGAAAAUCAAGAUGGAUGCCCAUGGACAGAAAAAACUUUUAAGUAUAGCAGACGUUUUCAAAGCCUUUGGAAAGAAAGUGGAUGGAAACCAUUACCAAAAAGCCCACAAGCAAUACAGAACGUUAAGCGAUCAUGCUCGGUAUUUGGCAAAGAGUGAUAAGCAAACGCACGACGCCCUUAUGUCAUACUAUGAGGAAAAUGAACAAAUUUACCCAGCAUGCCUCAGUGACGAUCAGAAACAAAUAUGUCUUCCUUUGUACGACUUCCUGUGUAGCGCCGGAACCGUGUUUGACCUGACAAACGUCUGGCCGACAUAUGUGUUCUUGGUGGAAGUCUAUAACAGACAACGGACAAUUCUUCGGAAAAAUGAUCCGCACUUGAACAAGUCAGGAGAUUACAUAUCUAACAUUUUACAAUGCAUGAAAACUGGAAUGGAAGAAGAAAUCUUGAAAACGGCCAAUACUGAGUAUCUAAACCUGCUUGGGGACGAGAGGCAGAUGAAACGGAAUCCAGAUCUGGCAAGAGAGAAAGAGCUGUGGGUUUUGAAUGGCGACGUUGCAGCCCAGAAAUUCCUUGAUAACAUUGAAUAUAUGGACAGAGCUUUGUAUCGUACAAUAAAAGAAGCAGUGCUGAGAAACGUCGAAGGAAGCCAAAUCGCUUGGUGCCAGUAUGGUUCGCUCUUACAUUCAUCUGAACUACUAAAACGGGAUGAACAACAAAUGGCUAGACGAAGUGAAAAAGGUAUCACUGACUUACAAGAACAAUGCGAAGAAUUAGAGCGACAGAACGAAAUAAAGUCGCGUGAAAUUGAAGAACUUUCAAAAAGGCUAUGUGAAGUGGACAAACUCAAAGUGACAGAAAACUCAAGCAAUGCAGAUGUCAACGAUUCGGAUGAGGUGAAUGAUAUUGGGAAGAAGUUUUCUGAUGUGUAUAACAACGAGUGGGCCAAGCUUUUUGACAGUUUGAAAUCUGAGAUAGAGGACGAGACAGCGAGGAUAGAAAAGCUCUGUGGUUGUCUUCUGAUGGCAUUCAAAUUUUGCAAGGAAGAGAGUGAGAAACAGAUGAAUAAUCUACAGGUCGCGACAACAAAUGUUUUAUCAUUCAGAUCAACUCAGAAUGAAGAAAACGAAGAAGUGGGGGGCCAAAACAAUUCAGUCGCUUUGUCCCAGGAAGCUUGUGUUCACUUACAGAAACUAAGGAAACAGUGUUAUUCUCUAUCCCUUCCAAAAGUUCGACGGAUGUUUAGGGAGUCGUGCACAUCAUUGACAACAACCAAUGAAGCAAUAUUGAGGGACUUUGAAGCAUACUUGACACGAUGUGUCGACACAUGCUGGUAUAUGUGUAUUCAGGAUCCACCAUUGAACAUUAAAAUUCCAGAGAAAGGAGAUACCCUCGACACAAAACAGUUUAAUCUGUAUAAAUCAGAGGGAGAUAUUGUCGAUAUUUGUGUGUGGCCAGCACUUCUGUUAGGUGGAGAUGACAGUACUGACAUUGUAUGUAAAGGACAGGUGCUGACAAAACUUAGUUAAACAAAUUAAACAGCAAAUAUUGUUUAUUGUGAUUGCCUAGCGCCUGUUACCAGUCGAUCUUUGAAAUCUUGAUAAUUGUCAAAGUGUUACCAUGAUCGGUUAAAGUUAUAGAGAACGAAAUUAAUAGUUAAUUUUCAUAGAUCAAUAAUCUUGAGUUAUUGGAAAUGGGAAAGAAAAUAUAUACCAAUACGAUUCUUUUUUUUAAUUUAAACAGGUUAAAUGUGUCAUAAGUCUUAGAUAUCAUUAUUGAUUUCCCUUUUGAAUAUUCUCAGAUUAAAAAUAACAAUGAAUUAAUUAUAAAUGUUUUAUAUUUAAUUCAUUUUAUGUUUAUUAUAUGUAUCUUGAAAUAAUGAAAUAUAGAAAUGAGCUACAUUAAAAGUUUACGUUUUUAUUUAAUUAAAUAUUAUAUUGCUUUAAUGAUAUAGAGCAUAUUCCUAUAUUUUUUGUAAAUUGUGUUCAAGGGCAGUAACUCUUAAUGUAUUUCAUGAAUAAAAACAUAAGCUUUCAAUGUAGCUCUUUUGUAUAUUACAUUAUUUAAAGAUUCAUAUGAUAAACAUGAAAUAUUACUUUGCAACGAUCACUUGUUUAUGGAACAAGGUUUCACAUGCUUAACUGCUGAAUAUUCUGAUUACAGUACUCUCUGUAACUACAAGUAUUAAAUAUGUAACUAACCUUUCACAUAUUAGAAAUAAAAUAUCAUAACUUAGAUAUCAAGACUAUGAAUUACUGGGAUAUUUUAUAAAAGACAUUCUUUCAUAAAUAAGAUUUAUAAUAUCAAAAUACAGAAUUAGCCAAAUGUAACCGGCAAUUGGUCAGAAAGUAUCAUAAGUAUUACAUGUAAUUAAAGUUCAAGAAUACCAAAAAUAAAA